AUGCCUCUGGAUAUCGACCCUAACUAUGUUCUGCAGGCCGCGCGACUGACGGCCAUUGUUGCAGCGGCACCUCGCCAGGACGAUCCUCGCUAUCCAGACUGGGAGAUGAGGAUUUACCUCGAAGUGAGUCGGCUUGAAAAGAGUUUCCCGCAGCCCUUGAAGUCGUUGAGGAUGCCUGGGAUCGUCAUCAGCGCGUUGCUGGAAUUCACCCGGGCAUACCAGCAGAAGGCCCUGGCGCGGCUGGACCACAUAUUGAAUGAUGACGAGAGGAUAUACAAGAGGUACCCUCUGGCUGUGCACGAGUAUGGGGAGUGUGAGGACCUGGGAAGGCAGUGGUGGACUGAAGAUCCAUAUUGCAAGCUGCCACCAGUGAAGAGUAUGCCAGCAGCUGGCUCGGGCAAUGUGCCAGCUGAUGACGACACCCAGGGACGUGGCGCAGAGGACCUGGGGACCGGGGACCUUAUCACCAAGGGCAAAGGCAAGAAGAGAGCUGACAAGGAUGCUGGGACAGGCACAGUGGGUGAGCGUAUGGUCCACGUGGAGGUGGUGGAGGACAAGGGAAAGGGAAAGACCAAGGAGAAGGCACAGGGUAAGGCGGUGCAUGCGAUGAGCGAGGAAGAGGAUGGGGGAGAGGGAGAGGGAGAGGGAGAGGGAGAGGGAGAGGGAGAGGGAGAGGGAGAGGGAGAGGGAGAGGGAGAGGGAGAGGGAGAGGGAGAGGGAGAGGGAGAGGGAGAGGGAGAGGGAGAGGGAGAGGGAGAGGGAGAGGGAGAGGGAGAGGGAGAGGGAGAGGAGCAGGAGGGGGAGGAUGACGACAAUACCGACAACGACAAUGGUGAUGAGGACGAUGACAAUGAGAUGGUGGAAGACAUGCUGGGUGCAGGCCAGCCCAAACCCAUCGAGCGCAAGGCGGUCAUCACGGAGUCAAGUGAGGAGAGUGAGAACGAGGAGGCGGCUCUGAAGGUGAAGCGGAUGAAGCCGAUCAAGAUCGCAAAGGAGAAAGGUGAGGCCCUGACCACCUCUGCUCGAGCGCAGCAUGCCCAGAACAGGAUGGCGCAGACCGAGGUUAAGGGCUCGAAGGUGAGCAUGAAGAGUGGGAAGAGGAAGGUGAAGGAGUCGAGCGAUGAAGAGGAAGUACCGACCAUCAAGCCGCCAAAGAAGAAGCAUGCGAUGAAGGAAUACAAGAGCAAGGAGUUCAUCGAAAGUGAAGACGAGACUCCGGCGCCGCAUUCCAAUCUACUCGCCAAGACCGCAGGGGACUCUAACGCUGGUGUUGUGAAGAUGAACGCCCCUGCCAAACCUGUCAAACAGACAAUGAGGAUGACGGUGUCACCUCAUGUCGCACCGAAGGCGAAGGUGAAGGUGAAGGUGAAGGUGAAGGUGAAGGUGAAGGCAAAGGCAAAGGUGAAGGUGAAGGCAAAGGCGAUGGCGUCACAGAAGGACAUGUGGAAAAAGACGUCCACCCGCAUGACUGACUUCAUGUGGGCACAUGCCAUGGAUUCACUCGUCCCUUGUGUCGGCUGCAAGGAGAAAGAGUGGCCAUGCAAGCUCAACACUGCCAACUUCAGUCAGUGUCUCGAAUGUGCAGCACAAGGCAUCAGUUGCAGCAUCGCGCCGAGGAACAGAGAUGGCAUGCCCCUGCGAGAAAACUCACACACCACACAGCGUGAGUUCCAAGAGAUGUGCGCAGCCCUGGUGUUAGAGCGCAAGCUGCUGCUGAUGUCGCCACCUCCAUACGACGUCCACGUCGACUCCGAUGAGCCCGAUGGUGCAGAACCACUGGUCAUGGGAGCGUCGAAGCGCAAGCCGCUGAAGAAGACCAAGAUGCGCAAUGCUGCGGCAUCCAGCUCCAAGGUUAAGGGUGGUGAGGAGGUCGAGGCGAUGAAGCAGAAGGUGACCAUCAUGCCCGAUGAAGCCAACGCUGAAGGUGAGGCCUCGGUGGAGAAAUCGUCGAAGUCCAAGCACACCACCAAGUCCACCACCGCCACUGGAGCUGUGGCUCCAUCAAACUCUGGCGAGGUCACCAACUCUGGUGAGGUCUCCAAGUCUGGCGCGCCUGCCAAGUCUGGUGCGGUCGCCAAACCUGGUGAAGGUAAGAAGUCAGGACCCAAGCCAAAGCCAGUGAGGAGCCAAAACUCCGGUGCGCAAGAUGGUGGCGAGGUCACCAGGACCUCAGUAUGUGAGGUGAAUGAGGUCCCACCUGCCAAGUCUGUUGCAAAGGAGGGCAGGCAGAUGACAACGGUGGCGAUGGGAGGUCGCUCGGGCCCAAUGGUGCCCGUGAUCACCAGGAAGGCGAAGGCGAGUGCUCCGAAGGCAGCAGCCAAGAUGCCUCUGGCAGAAGGCGAUGGCAUGGAGGAAGCCGCCAGGCUGACAAUGGAGACGGUGCAGGCUAUGGCCUUCCAAACAGGGCCAGCUGCUCCGCUGCAAGCUAGCAGCAGUAAGCGCAUGCUGACACCAGUCACCGAUGAACCAGAGGAUGCACCAGAGUAUCAGGCAGAGGUGGCAGAGGAUGAGCAUGCGUCCUUGGAGCGGCCACACGACGAUCAGCGGCAUUCGCUGCUGAUGCCCCACGAGACGAGCGCAGGAGCUGCUGAGGUGGCACAGGAGGUGACGCCCUCCCUGGAGAUAUCCAAGACGUCGAAGGGAGCGAAGUCCUCCGCAUUGGCGAAGAAGGGUGCCACACUGGACCGCAAGGCAGCGAAGAAGGAGGCGGAGGUGAAAAGGGAUGUGAAGGCAAAUCGCCUCAUAGCAGUGCCUCCGACCAGCAAGGCACCCCACUUGCGCGACAUCCAGCAAGUGUCUACAGGAAGUCCCGCUCCAUCAAACAAAGGCAACACCCCCAGUGGCGAAGAAACCUCGCAGUCAUCCAACGAUGACUGCGUGAAUUGUGCCGAGUUGCGACAGGAGUUCCUGUUGGCGAUGGAGGAGUUUCGCAGGCCGGUCACCAUCGAGCUACAGGAGAGCAUGAAGUUGGCAGUGGCGGACCUCGUUGCCAAGCGACAUUGCCUGCCAGAGCUCAAGGAGAAGGUCAACAGGUUGGAGCAAGGCGCAAACCAGAUGGUGAGCCAGGUGAAUGUCGAGAAGCUGCAGGGUGAAUUGGCCGACCUUCGUCAUUCGAUGGAGCUCCAGGCAGCGUGGUCAGACAGCAUGGAGAAGGAGCUCAGGUCUUCAGUGGCAGAGGCGAUCGCUCAAGCGAGCAAGCUGGAGAUGGAAUUGGCGCUCGCCAAAGAGGAUUCGAUGGCAGUGGCGACGUCCACUUUGGAUAAAGUGAAGAAGGUGGGGAAGGAGGUGGCGACGGUGAGAGAGGAAACCUCGCUGGUGGUGAAGUCUUUGGACGCAUUCUGA